AUGCAAACGUACGGUCUCCACGUAAGUACUUCAGCCGCUGCGAUGUCGUACAUUCGACGAAGCGAGUACCAUGAAGCACUGCGUGCCACGGAAUUCAACUUCAGGGCCAUCCAAUCCCAGCAGCGGGGGUACGGCGAUCUGCGGAACCAUCCUUUCUAUCGCGCAACUCGCGAAGAUACCCCACUCCUCCGUUCUGGAACAUUAGUUAACUCUGAAAAUGAACGAUCGAGACGGAUUCAGCAACAUCGGAGUCAGCUGGUCGGUCAAGAAAGGACCAGCGGUGGCACGGUGAUCUGGGGUACUAGUAUAUGGGGUGGGUUACUGGCGAUUUUAUGCUGCAUGGUCGUUCCCAUAAACGAUUAUACACAAGAUUCGCGUGGGGAUUGGUAUUGA